GACCUCCACUGUAAGUAUUAAUCUAAUUUGCUCAAUUGAUUUAUUACUAUUAAAUAAAUACAUAUUACCUUGUACAAUUAACACCAGUUAGUCUUUCAGACAUGCCUCCUCCGCUGAUCUUAACCAUUUAAACAUUUCUUAUCUCACCUUUUCUACUGCAGCCGACAAGUGCAUACAUAACUAACGUUUUGCCAUCCUCCGCGUUCAGAAUUCAUAAAUUCCACUGCUUCCAUAAGCAAAUACAAUGGUUUCGGACAUCACAAUACAAAUUUUCGUACUAUCAAUUGUCCCUUCGAUACUGGGCGACACUUCUCAGCUCAGGUCAUCCUAUGGACAAACUUGUAACCAGACAAUGCCUUGCAAAGCUGACUCUAAUCUUGUGUGUUCCAAAGAGUCUAAAACCUGCUCCUAUAUCCACCCUGGGGACAUGCAGUUUGACUCUAAUCACGACCGUUGCGUCAGACUCGUCAGGACAGAAGGAUGCACGUACAGACAUAAAUAAUUAUGGAAAUAGUAUCACAAAAAAUUUAAAUUUGCCGCAAUAUUUUAACCAUAUGUAGCUCCGAAACUGCAUCCUGCGUACAAGGCGCCAUCUGUGUUUCGUAUUACAGUUCACAUUGUGAAUGUCCCCGAACUCAUUAUGAGAAUCCGGAAACUAGAACCUGCGUCCCCGCUAAAGGUGUUCAAAAUACAUGUGCGUCUCACGUGGAAUGCGACUGGACUAGGGGCUUGGCCUGCGUGGAGGGAAAGUGCAACUGUUUUGCCCCAGAUGACAUGGAAUUUGACGAUAAACUUGGCGAAUGUAAAAUCAAACUUGGCCACAAGUGCUCAGGUCUUGCACAAAAUUGGAGAAAUACUUGGGAAAAUAUACCGCUUUUUAAUAAAAGAUAAAUACCAAAGCCGGCCGUCACAAAAUGAGUUUCCAUAUAUUCAGCAGAAGAACGGAAUCCAAUAUCAUGUCCGUUUUCAGUUCUUCGAUCUGUGCCAAAAGAUCCGGUUGUGAUCUGGUAGCCAACAUUUGCACGGAAUGCGGUUCAUCGCCAUCUCAUCAAGAUUGUUUCUGCCCAGAAGACAAGUAUUUGAACGAAACGAGUGGAAGAUGCAUCUGGCGAAGGGCUCGAAACGAAUCAUGUCUCCGGGACCGAGAAUGCCGCCAGCUGCUGAUUUGUCGAGAAGGGACGUGCACUUGUAACGAGGCAAUUGCCCUGAUCAGUCCAAUAGAUUAUACUCCACACUCAUUUGGGGAGUACUCGAUUAAUAAAGGAGAUUGUGUCGCAAAAGUUGGGGGCUACUGCCUCCCGAGAAGCGCAUACACUGUCUUAGACGGUCCAGACGAUCGGUUACCCUCCUUCUGCCGAGAUGGCGCCAUUUGUGGGGAAGACCAGAAGUGUGCCUGUCCAAGAAGUAUGCCCCCAAUGAGGGGUGGAUACUGUGGGAGGAACUAUGACGAUUGGUGCAGUUUACUGGAGCCGUGUCAGGACUAUUUAAUUUGCUCCAGUGUGGAGGAUGACCAUUUAGUAAAAUGUCGCUGUCCCGGUACGAAUUACCAGUUUCAUGAAAACUCUAAUUCUUCCGAGGGUUGUCCAGGAAUUUGUAUAAACCGCCAUGUCGUAGGAAGGCGAUGUACCGUAUCGGACGGGGAGGAUCCUUGUGUUAAUAACUCACAUUGUGUGGUGCAGCCUUCAUCAAACGGUUCGAUUGGGAUUUGUGAAUGCAAGCCGGGCUUCGUUGAGAAUUCUGAGCACCACUGCGAUAUUGAGCACGGGUUUCCUUGGGACUAUGACAAUCGUGCGGAACGAUGUGACAAAGUGGCCGGGUUGAAAUGUCGGAUUGUUCCAAAAUGUGAAAAUGGGAAGCGAACGGCCGAACUUGUUCAGGUUUGCAGUUGUCCCGAGCUAGAAGAUAUCUAUGAACCUGUGACCCGCAAGUGUCUCCCGCCAACCCGGGAAAAUAUUGCCAGGUCUACGACAAGUGGUCUAAAUUGCUACGAAUCUAUUGAGGACAAUAUUGGAUUCAGCUCGUGCACAGUAAGAGGAUAGUGUAGGAUACUCGGAUUAUCUAAAAUUUACUUGCAAAUUUGUAUGCAGAUAAAUAAAUAAUUGAUGAUUUAAUAAAUAGUAACUACAUAUGUGUAUAAAUUGCUCCUAAAUACAAUCAUUAAUUAGCGAAACAAUUUGUAAGAUUGCUACGUCUGUCUGCCUGCUGGUCAGAUAACUAAUGAAUCUUGUAUAUUUUCCUAAAAACCUAGCAUGGGUAAGAUAAGGGUAAAUCUACUGUAAA